AAGGAUGCGGUUUUUUGUUGUUGUUUGAUUGCGUCGUCGCUCCACUCUUUCGUAUAUAAGCGACACUUCCACACGCUCUGUAAGUAAGUUUCAUUGUGAAGUGUUGUCGGAAGCGGGUGCAAAAAAAUGCGAACCAAAUUAUCGCUUUUUCUGCUGUGCUACUGCCACACUGCUCUGGCCACAGUGAGCGUCGCAGAAAAUGCAUCCGUUCCAGCAACGGCACCGUCCGGAUUUGGCUUCGAAAUGUUGCUGGCAAAGUUGGCCUCCCUCGAGUACCAUUUCAUCGAGAAGCAGCUACAGUCCGAGGAAAGGAUCACCACUCUAAGCACGCGCAUCGAUAGUCUCGUAAAGUCGGUGGAAAACUUAGCCUGGAUUGCGCAGCAAACCGCCACAACGGUCACGCUGCUCGGGCUGAGCGACCAGCACGCGCAGCAAAACUUUACCGUCCUGCAGCGCGAUGUUACCGAGCUGCUGGCCAAACAGCACCAUCUCGUAACGAGCGAACAGCUUGGCGAGUAUUUGCUGAAGCGUAACGCAACCUGCAGCAUGGCGCCCGCUUUGCCACCCUGCGGUGAUAAGCAGUCGGCGGUGUAUCCGUCCUGCGGCAAGGUCCCGUUCGCAGCGUCCGGCGUGUACCAGAUACGGCCCGAGUAUCCCUUCAAGGAACCGAUCACGGUGCGGUGCGACCAGGAGUACGAGUCGGGCGGGUGGGUUGUGAUUCAGCAGCGGUUCGACGGUUCGGUCAACUUCUACCGGGCCUGGGACGAGUACUACGAAGGGUUCGGCAAUCUGAACGGCGAGUUUUGGCUGGGCCUGGGGCACAUCCAUCAGCUAACCGAGUCGGCACCGCACGAGCUGGCGAUCCUGCUGGAGGAUUUCGAGGGCAACCGGACGGUGGCCCGGUACGAGCGGUUUGCGAUCGGCAAUGUGGGCCAAAAGUUUGCGCUGCUCGUUAUUGACGGCUACAGCGGUACGGCCGGCGAUUCGUUGAGCGAUUUGAAGGGGAUGCCCUUUACGACGAAAGAUGCGGACCGAGAUGCAUCGAAUGAGAACUGUGCGGUCACGUACACUGGCGCAUGGUGGUAUAGAGCCUGCCAUCAAAGCAACUUGAACGGAAAGUAUUUGCGCGGUGAAACGAAAGAGUUCGCCACGAGCAUGGUUUGGAAAUCGUUCCGUGGGUACCAUUACUCGCUCAAGUCGUCGAAGAUGAUGAUAAGACCGAAAUUAAUGACGUGAUAUGAAUGUUUAUUUAAAAUAAAAGUCAAUUGGCAAACUCUCAGAAAAUAUA